GGGUCCAGCUCUGGUGGUGGUUCCAUGUCCGGAGGAGGAAAAGGCUCAGGAUCUGGAGGAGGAGGAAGUUCUGGCAGUGGAGGCUCCAUCUGUGGAGGUGGAGGAAGCUCAGGCAGUGGAGGUUCCAUGUCCAAGGGAGGGAGCAGCUCCGGAGGGUGGGGAUCCAGCUCUGGUGGUGGUGGGUCCAUGUCUGGAGGUGGAAAAGGCUCAGGAUCUGGAGGAGGAGGAAGCUCAGGCAGUGGAGGCUCCAUCUGUGGUGGAGGAGGAAGUUCAGGUGGUGGAGGUUCCAUGUCCAAGGGUGGCAGUAGCUCUGGAGGGUGGGGAUCCAGCUCUGGUGGUGGUGGUUCCAUGUCUGGAGGUGGAAAAGGCUCAGGAUCUGGAGGAGGAGGAAGUUCUGGCAGUGGAGGCUCCAUCUGUGGAGGUGGAGGAAGCUCAGGCAGUGGAGGUUCCCUGUCCAAGGGAGGCAGCAGCUCCGGAGGGUGGGGAUCCAGCUCUGGUGGUGGUGGUUCCAUGUCUGGAGGUGGAAAAGGCUCAGGAUCUGGAGGAGGAAGUUCAGGCAGUGGAGGUUCCAUGUCCAAGGGAGGCAGCAGCUCCGGAGGGUGGGGAUCCAGCUCUGGUGGUGGUGGUUCCAUGUCUGGAGGUGGAAAAGGCUCAGGAUCUGGAGGAGGAAGUUCAGGCAGUGGAGGCUCCAUCUGUGGAGGUGGAGGAAGCUCAGGCAGUGGAGGCUCCAUCUGUGGUGGAGGAGGAAGUUCAGGUGGUGGAGGUUCCAUGUCCAAGGGAGGCAGCAGCUCCGGAGGGUGGGGAUCCAGCUCUGGUGGUGGUGGUUCCAUGUCCGGAGGAGGAAAAGGCUCAGGAUCUGGAGGAGGAGGAAGUUCUGGCAGUUGUGGUUCCAUGUCCGGAGGUGGGCAGAGCUCCGGUGGUCAGGGAUCUGGCUCCAGUAGCAGCAGAUGCAGCUCCCAAAGUGGAGGCAUGAGCUCUGGAGGUGGUAGCAGUUCUGGCAGGAGAGGUUCCAUGUCUGGAGGUGGCCAGAGCUCUGGUGGUCACAUAUCUGGCUCUGGCAGUGGCAGAUGCAGCCCCCAAAGUGGGGGGAUGAGCUCUGGAGGAGGGAGCAGCUCUGGUAGGGGAGGCUCCAUGUCUGGAGGUGGAGGGCAAGGAAGCUCUAGCAGUGGAGGUUCCAUGUCUGGAGGUGGCCAGACUGCUGGAGGAUGGGGGUCCAGCUCUGGGAGGUGCAGCCCCCAAAGUGGGGGGAUGAGCUCAGGAGGUGGGAGCAGCUGUGGCAGGAGAGGCUCCAUGUCUGGAGGUGGAGGACAAGGAAGCUCUAGCAGUGGAGGCUCCAUGUCUGGAGGUGGCCAGAGCUCUGGUGGUCACGGAUCUGGCUCCAGUAGCAGCAGAUGCAGCUCCCAAAGUGGGGGGAUGAGCUCAGGGGGUGGGAGCAGCUGUGGCAGGAGAGGCUCCAUGUCUGGAGGUGGCCAGAGCUCUGGUGGUCACGGAUCUGGCUCUGGCAGUGGCAGAUGCAGCCCCCACAGUGGGGGGAUGAGCUCUGGAGGUGGGAGCAGCUGUGGCAGGAGAGGCUCCAUGUCUGGAGGUGGAGGACAAGGAAGCUCUAGCAGUGGAGGUUCCAUGUCUGGAGGUGGCCAGAGCUCUGGUGGUCACAGAUCUGGGUCUGGCAGUGGCAGCUGCAGUGCCCACAGUGGAGGGAUGAGCUCCGGAAGCUGGAGUGGCUCUGGCAGGAGAGGCUCCAUGUCUGGAGGUGGGGAAGGAGGAGGAAGCUCAGGCUAUGGUGGAUCCAGCUAUGGCAGUGGUGGCUGCAUUGGUGGAGGAGAAGGGGGCUCAGGGUAUGGAGGGAGCUCAGGCAGGAGAGGCUCCAUCUCUGGAGGUGGUCACAGCUCUGGUGGAUAUGGAUCAGGCUCUGGAAGCUGCAGCCCCCACAGUGGGGGAAUGAGCUCCGGAACAUGGAGUGGCUCUGGUAGGAGAGGCUCCAUGUCUGGAGGUGGAGGAAGCUCGGGAGGGUUGGGAUCGGGCUCUGGCAGCAGUGGGAACAGUUCAGGAGGAGGAAUCAGCUCUGGGUAUGGAGGAAGCUCAGGCAGCGGCGGAUCAAGCUCAGGGUGCAUUGGUGGAGGAGAAGGGGGCUCUGGGUAUGGAGGAAGCUCAGGCAGGAGAGGCUCCAUGUCUGGAGGUGGUCACAGCUCUGGUGGGUACGGAUCAGGCUCUGGCAGCUGCAGCCCCCACAGUGGGGGAAUGAGCUCUGGAGGCUGGAGCAGUUCUGGCAGGAGAGGCUCCAUGUCUGGAGAAGGAGGAAGUUCAGGUCAUGGAGGAUCCAGUUAUGGCAGUGGUGGGUCCAUCUGUGGGGGAGAAGGAGGCUCAGGGUAUGGAGGAGGAAGCUCUGGCAGGAGAGGCUCCAUCUCUGGUGGUGGGGAAGGAGGAGGAAGCUCAGGCUAUGGUGGAUCCAGUUAUGGCACUGGUGGCUGCAUUGGUGGAGGAGAAGGAGGCUCAGGGUAUGGAGGAAGCUCAGGCAGGAGAGGCUCCAUCUCCGGAGGUGGUCACAGCUCUGGUGGGUACGGAUCAGGCUCUGGCAGUGGCAGCUGCAGCCCCCACAGUGGGGGAAUGACCUCUGGAACAUGGAGUGGUUCUGGCAGGAGAGGCUCCAUGUCUGGAGAAGGAGGAAGCUCCGGUCAUGGAGGAUCCAGUUAUGGAAGUGGUGGGUGCAUUGGUGGAGGAGAAGGAGGUUCAGGGUAUGGAGGGAGCUCAGGGUAUGGAGGAGGAAGCUCUGGCAGGAGAGGCUCCAUGUCUGGUGGUGGGGAAGGAGGAAGCUCAGGCUAUGGUGGAUCCAGCUAUGGCAGUGGUGGCUGCAUUGGUGGAGGAGAAGGAGGCUCAGGGUAUGGAGGAGUAGGAAGCUCAGGCAGGAGAGGCUCCAUCUCCGGAGGUGGUCACAGCUCUGGAGGGUUGGGAUUGGGUUCUGGCAGCGGUGGGAGCAGUUCGGGAGGAGGAAUCAGCUCUGGGUAUGGAGGAAGCUCAGGAAGCGGCGGAUCAAGCUCAGGGUGCAUUGGUGGAGGAGAAGGGGGCUCUGGGUAUGGAGGAAGCUCAGGCAGGAGAGGCUCCAUGUCUGGAGGUGGUCACAGCUCUGGUGGAUAUGGAUCAGGCUCUGGCAGCUGCAGCCCCCACAGUGGAGGAAUGAGCUCUGGAGGCUGGAGCAGCUCUGGCAGGAGAGGCUCCAUGUCAGGAGAAGGAGGGAGCUCCGGUCAUGGAGGAUCCAGUUAUGGAAGUGGUGGGUGCAUUGGUGGAGGAGAAGGAGGUUCAGGGUAUGGAGGGAGCUCAGGAUAUGGAGGUGGCUCUGGUAGGAGAGGCUCCAUGUCUGGAGGUGGUCACAGCUCUGGUGGAUAUGGAUCAGGCUCUGGCAGGGGCAGCUGCAGCCCCCACAGUGGGGGAAUGAGCUCUGGAGGUUGGAGCAGUUCUGGUAGGAGAGGCUCCAUGUCUGGAGGUGGAGGAAGUUCAGGUCAUGGAGGAUCCAGCUAUGGUAGUGGUGGGUCCAUCUGUGGGGGAGAAGGAGGCUCAGGAUAUGGAGGAGGAAGCUCAGGCAGGAGAGGCUCCAUCUCCGGAGGUGGUCACAGCUCUGGUGGGUACGGAUCAGGCUCUGGCAGUGACAGCUGCAGUCCCCACAGUGGGGGAAUGAGCUCUGGAACAUGGAGUGGCUCUGGCAGGAGAGGCUCCAUAUCUGGAGAAGGAGUAAGCUCCGGUCAUGGAGGAUCCAGUUAUGGAAGUGGUGGGUGCAUUGGUGGAGGAGAAGGAGGUUCAGGGUAUGGAGGGAGCUCAGGAUAUGGAGGUGGAUCUGGCAGGAGAGGCUCCAUGUCUGGAGGUGGUCACAGCUCUGGUGGAUAUGGAUCAGGCUCUGGCAGCUGCAGCCCCCACAGUGGGGGAAUGAGCUCUGGAGGCUGGAGCAGUUCUGGCAGGAGAGGCUCCAUAUCUGGAGAAGGAGGAAGCUCCAGUCAUGGAGGAUCCAGUUAUGGCAGUGGUGGGUGCAUUGGUGGAGGAGAAGGAGGCUCAGGGUAUGGAGGGAGCUCAGGAUAUGGAGGUGGCUCUGGCAGGAGAGGCUCCGUGUCUGGUGGUGGGGAAGGAGGAAGCUCAGGCUAUGGUGGAUCCAGCUAUGGCAGUGGUGGCUGCAUUGGUGGAGGAGAAGGGGGCUCAGGGUAUGGAGGAGUAGGAAGCUCAGGCAGGAGAGGCUCCAUGUCUGGAGGUGGUCACAGCUCUGGAGGGUUGGGAUCGGGCUCUGGCAGCGGUGGGAGCAGUUCAGGAGGAGGAAUCAGCUCUGGGCAUGGAGGGAGCUCAGGCAGGAGAGGCUCCAUCUCCGGAGGUGGUCACAGCUCUGGUGGAUAUGGAUCAGGCUCUGGCAGCUGCAGCCCCCACAGUGGGGGAAUGAGCUCCGGAAGCUGGAGUGGCUCUGGUAGGAGAGGCUCCAUGUCUGGAGGUGGAGGAAGUUCAGGUCAUGGAGGAUCCAGCUAUGGUAGUGGUGGGUGCAUUGGUGGAGGAGAAGGAGGCUCAGGGUAUGGAGGAGGUGGCUCUGGCAGGAGAGGCUCCAUCUCUGGUGGUGGGGAAGGAGGAGGAAGCUCAGGCUAUGGUGGAUCCAGUUAUGGUACUGGUGGCUGCAUUGGUGGAGGAGAAGGAGGCUCAGGGUACGGAGGAGGGUCAGGAUAUGGAGGAGUCUCUGGGUAUGGUGGAGGUUCAGGGUAUGGAGGAGGAAGCUCAGGCAGGAGAGGAUCAAUCUCUGGAGGAGAAGGAGGAAGCUCCUCUGGAGUUUGGGGAUCGAGCUCUGCUGGCACUUGCAGCCCUGGCAGUGGGGGGGAAGGAGGUUGGGUUUGUUCCAGAGGGGACAGUUGUUAUGGAGGAGGGACCUGUGAAUACGGGACACCCAGCUGCAGAGAUGAGACUGAGGAAUCCCAGCCAGGAGGAGAGUGGUCUUCUACAAGCCCAGCUUACUGGUCUGGCUAUGGAAGCAGCUCAGGUUCUGCUGGAGAUGCUGCCCACAAGUAAAACUUGGAUUCAAAAUCUCACCAGUGGAACAGGAUGAAGUUGUUCCCCCUCAUUGUCGGGGGCAAUGGGACUUUCCUGCUGUCACCACUGGUCUGGACACGCUGUGCAUCAUCCUGAGCUCUCCCUGCACAACCAUCCCUGGACCUUCUAGGGAUCCCACUCCUCUGCUGGAUGCUGAUACUGUGAUGGUGUCCCUUCCUUGGGCUUUCUCAGAGCUUUUAAUCUCAGGCUGUGUGGAACUUUUAUCUUUGGCAACUAAAAGCUUGAAACCCUG